AUGCUACCAAAGGUGAAUCCCAUUAAGUCGGUGUUGGAUCCUGCCACAGCAGAGACGCAUCCGAAAGGGACAAAUGUCAGCGGCAGCGUUGACAUGGUGGAAUGUGGGUCUUUGGCCACGGCGCGGCGUGAGAACACUAAAACUUGCGGAGGCCUCCGUAGCCCUGUACAUCCUGCCUACACAGCCAUGGAGCAGGCGGAGAUGACAAACGUGGACGACUUUGCAGAGCAGCUUGAGGGAUGUAAUAUCCAGGUGCAGGUUCGAACGCGCGGUACCGGUCGACGGUCGCCUCUUGUAGCCAUGCUUACGCAUUCAGUACGCGGUUCCCCUGUAGAUUUAUUAAAUUCGUGCGGCAGUGGAAUAAGUAGUCCCAUGGUUGAUGGUGCUCCUGGGGUUGGAGUGGAGCCUGCGUCGCGCACGGGGUUCAAUACAAACGCAUUACUGCAAGAUCCAUUACCAAGCACAGUUGUUCACCGUGCGUUGCAUGGCAAAUGUCGUUUCAUUCAAUUUCCUCAACUUGCACCCUUUGAACCACCGCCACAGCCGCCUGCGAGAACGACUUUUCCUCUUUUUGUUGGUCAAGUGCGGUUUGAGACAACACAGGCAGAGCUGAUUUGGCUUAUUCGGCGCACAUCUGGUGCGUGUGUCCUCACAGUGGAAGGUCGAGGGAGUGGCUGUUUCAUCAUGCACCUGCAGAGCGAAGCUGAACGCGGGCUGGUGCGUCAGCUGCAUAAACGCAUUCUAUUUGACAUUGGUGGAGCCUGGUUUGCCCGCUCCUCUGAGGAGGUGGAUGGCCUCUGUGAGUACGUGGCACUCAGGGGACCGUAUCUGUCUAAGCAGGCGAAGCUGCCGCGGGACGCAAUGGUGGUGGAGGACAUCAAGGUGGAUUCCACAGAUAUGGGCUCCUGUCAUCCCUGCUGUUAUUCACGCGGGACCUCAGUGCAUUCGUUGAGUAGUGCUAGCACUACCUGGGAAUCUCCUAACAACGCGUGGGUCAUGACCUCGUCGUCGCCGCUGGCAACACCACUGCCGUGA